AUGUCAGGAUGCUGCGUGACGGCGGAGGCCAGGGAGAAGCAGCGCAUCAACGGGGAGAUCGAGAAGCAGCUGAAGAAAGACAAGAGGGACUCUCGCAGGGAGCUCAAGCUGCUCCUCUUAGGCACAGGCGAGAGCGGGAAGAGUACCUUCAUCAAACAAAUGAGGAUCAUCCAUGGAGGAGGCUACAGCGAGGAGGACAAGAGGAGCUACGCGAAGCUGGUCUACCAGAACAUCUACACGUCCAUGCAGACUAUGCUGAGAGCCAUGCAGGCUCUGCACCUGACAUUCUCUCACACGUGCAACCAGACCUGCGCCACCACUAUUUUGGAGGUGGAGGCGGACAGGGUGGAGGACUUGCAUCAGGACCACGUGGAGGCCAUCAGGAGUCUUUGGACGGACGCUGGCAUGCAGGAAUGCUAUGACCGCCGUCGGGAAUACCAGCUGUCUGACUCCACCAAAUAUUAUUUGAUGGGACUAGACCGGAUCGCACAACCCUGCUAUGUACCCGAUCUCCAGGAUAUCCUGCGGGUCCGAGUUCCCACCACGGGGAUCAUCGAGUACCCCUUCGACAUGGAGAGCGUCAUCUUCAGGAUGGUGGACGUUGGGGGUCAGAGGUCAGAGCGCAGGAAGUGGAUCCACUGCUUUGAGAACAUUACCUCCAUAAUCUUCCUGGUGGCGCUCAGCGAGUACGACCAGGUGCUGGCGGAGUGCGACAACGAGAACCGCAUGGAGGAGAGCAAGGCACUUUUUAAGACCAUCGUCACGUACUCCUGGUUCCAGCGCUCAUCCGUCAUCCUCUUCCUCAACAAGACCGACAUCCUCAAGGAGAAGAUCAUGCACUCCCACCUGGCGGACUACUUUCCGGAAUUCACCGGCCCUCGCCAGGACGCGGCGUCUGCUCAGGAGUUCAUCUUAAAGAUGUACCAGGAACAAAAACCCGAAAAGGACAAGACGCUCUAUCCUCACUUCACCUGCGCUACGGACACGGAGAACAUUCGCUUUGUCUUUGUGGCCGUCAAAGACACCAUCUUGAGACAUAACCUGAAGGAGUUCAACCUGGCCUGAAAGAGGACCACUAUCGUAAUGUAUACUAACAACUGGCUAACAAAUAUGUUCUAUAAGAAUAUGGCUAAUUAUUUCUUUAUAAUAUAUUGCUUUUAUAUUAACGUAUGCCAUGUGUA